GCGGGAGGUCGUCACGUGACACCGAAAGCCCUAGGGUCAUGUGAUCAGAUGCCCGGGGUUCCCACGCGGGAAGGGUAUCUGGUGUGCGCGGAGCGGAGGCGUGAGCCGGCUGGUUGCUAUGGAAACGCUGCUGCCGCUUCUGCUCUUCUUCCUCCUCCUGCUGCUGCUGCCGCCGCCGGCUGGUGCCGUUCCCGCUGCCCGGGCAGCAGGGCCCGGCCUGGAGGAGCGGCUCUUCCAACAGGUGCGGGACCACUUCAGCUUUGAGACCUGCGGCAACGAGACCUUCCCGCAGCGGUACCUGGUCUCAGCAAAGUUCUGGAAGAAAGGAUUUGGACCUAUCUUUUUCUAUACUGGCAAUGAAGGUGACAUCUGGACUUUUGCUCAGAACUCUGACUUCAUAUUUGAAUUAGCAGAGGAACAGCAAGCACUUGUGAUUUUUGCUGAGCAUAGGUACUAUGGGAAGUCUCUUCCAUUUGGACUUGAGUCAACACAGCUGAAGAAAACUGGUCUGCUUACCGUGGAACAAGCCCUUGCUGACUACGCAGUGCUAAUUACUGAGCUUAAGCAGCAGUACAGUGCUGCAGACUCUCCUGUCAUUGCUUUUGGAGGCAGCUAUGGAGGAAUGCUGAGUGCUUACAUGAGAAUGAAAUACCCAAACAUUGUGGCCGGAGCAUUAGCUGCCAGUGCUCCUCUGUUGUCUGUGGCUGGGCUUGGAGACCCCACCCAGUUCUUCAGAGAUGUAACAGCAGAUUUUCAGAAGUCCAGCCUAGACUGUGUCACAGCUGUCCGCAAAGCCUUCCAGCAGAUUAAGGAUCUGUGCCUUGGUGGAGCCUAUGAUGAAAUCAGCAGCAAAAUGGCCACAUGCAAUAAGAUCUCUAACAAGGAGGAUGUUUACCAGCUUUUUGGAUUUGCUAGAAAUGCAUUCACCAUGAUGGCCAUGAUGGACUACCCUUACAAAACUGAUUUCAUGGGUCACCUCCCGGCCAAUCCAGUGAAGGUUGGCUGUGAACACAUCCUUGCCCACACAGACCCGAUUCGAGGCCUGGCUGCACUUGUUGGGGUGUUCUACAACUCCUCCGGCUUGGCCCAGUGUUAUGACAUAUACCAGCUGUACCAGUCCUGUGCUGACCCCACUGGCUGCGGCAUCGGCUCAGACGCCGAGGCCUGGGACUACCAGGUUUGUACAGAGAUCAACCUAACUUUCAACAGCAACAACGUGACCGAUAUGUUCCCCGUGAUGCCCUUCACGGAGGCCAUGCGAGAGCAGUACUGUCAGAGCAAAUGGCACGUGAAACCACGAGCGCACUGGCUGCAGACAAACUUUUGGGGAGGAGACCUGAAAAGCGCAAGCAACAUCAUUUUUUCAAAUGGAGACUUGGACCCGUGGGCUGGAGGCGGGAUAAAUAGCAGCCUCAGUCCUUCACUAAUUGCGUUGACAAUUAAAGGAGGUGCUCAUCACCUUGAUCUCCGAGGACACAAUCCAGGUGACCCCCCAUCCGUCACAGAGGUGCGCCGGGUAGAAGCAAGCAUCAUCGACGGCUGGGUAAAAUCUGCACGGAUGGAAGGAGCACAGGAGAAGCCCUCGGGAGUUUCAGCAGGCAGAUGGCUGUGAUGUCCAUCCCGGCAGCCUCCGGCAGUGGUGCGAGGCUACCACCAGGACACAAGAUGAGGAGCAGCUGGCUGAGCCAUGCCUGUGCUGAUUGAGAAAGUGUCCUCUCUACCGUCAUGGUGGAAGUCUGAAGUGUCCCACCUGCCCCUAAGCAAGCACCCAAAGAAAAGCAAAAGGACAAAUGGCUAACUGAAGCCAAAACCACGUUGUGUGGGUCUCAUGUUCAGAAUGACAAGGCAUUAUAAAUGGUGGAAAUAAUAAAAUCUCAGCAGAAGGUCCAAGAA